GUGCUAGAUUUACUAUCGACACACGCGCGAGGCGAGGGGGCGUGACCUAGUCUUCGCGCGAGCCAAUCAGCUCGCGUCGUGUUGUAGUGGCUAGACUGAGGCCAGAGCAUGUUUCGACUUGCAUAAUACGGACGGGACUUUUAAAUCAGAGAACAUCUAAUGCAAGGCAGUGUUUGUCAAUGAGUUUACAGCCGUGGACUGUUUCUUUCAGGAUACUCUUUCUUUAUCGUUCAGGAAACAAGUCACUGACGACAGUGUGUGUUCGCUCGCCAAGUCGUCCCCGCUCCCACACACAGGUGGUUAAGUUUGCCACACGACCCUGUGUCACUCUCAACCCACCACCCUGUCUGUGUGUGUCACUAUCGUCGAGUUGUGUCAUUCGUGUGCCUGGCAGUGUGGCAGUGUGGCAGUGUGGCAGUGGUGAAUGAAGGGAGGCCAAGAACUCGUUGAAGGAAAUGAGAGGAUAGCGCCUUUCCUCGCACUCUGAGAACUUACUUGCAGGUCGUACGUACACUGGGUGUAGGUAGGCUCCCCCUACCCCAACCCCAACAGCAACAUCACCAUCCCCAACAGUGAUGACGUCAAACAGCAGCGUCGACCACUCCGACAUGGAAAGCAGCACCGACAACUUCAACGAGGAUGACGAAGACACCAUGGAGAUGCUUAGCGCCAACCUCCCCACCAACAUGUUCCGAACCCCGGACCCCCGCCUCCAGAGGGCGUGCCAGGAGGCGGAGCGGAGCAAUCAGCUGUUGCCCUUGUUGAAGGAGGAGCUACGGCUGCGCAUUCUGGCCAAGCGCAUGGAGAAAGGCGAGCCCGAGAUUGACACGGUGCCCGAGACGCCCAAGAUCUACGAGUUAACGGACGAAGAGAAAAGGAAGCGAGAGAGGCGAAAGGAACAAAAUCGAAGAGCAGCCAAAAAAUGUCGAGAACGGCGUAAAAUGAAAACCAUGAGUAUUGCCGAGCGCAUGGACACCUUCAAGGAAAGCAACGCAGAGCUGCGGAACGAGGUGAGCCUUCUGCGACACAAGAAAGAGGUCCUCGCCAAGUUCUGUAUGGAGCACAUCUGGUGCAGCCAGUGUCCCGAUGUAGUCAGUGAUACUGACAGCCGGCAAAUGAUGUCACAGUACCUAGCGCAGCAGCAGCAGCAGCAGCAGCAACAGCAGCAGUUGCUGAAACCACCACCACAACAACAACAGCAACAACAGCAACAACAACAACAACAACAACAACAACAACAGCAACAACAGCAACAACAGCAACAGCAGCAACACCAACAAGAACAAGAAAUGACCUCUAUUUCUCCAGAGGCCACGCUAGAGUCAGCACCUGCUCACAAAGCAGGAGGCCUUUGCUUCUCUCUAGAUCAUAAUUCUAUAGGUACAGUAAUGAAGAAGGUCAGCCGAGAAGUAAGGUCCACUGCUGAAGAUCUUCAUUCGUGCCAGGGAAGUGACGAGGACUCGGAUAACGCAAUGGAGUCACACGAAGGACCCAUCAAAGUUGUCAGCUCGAGCGGUGUUCUUGAAACAGUUGCUGAUUUGGUGAACGCACACUUUGCCAGCACACCACAUAUCGGAAAGAGAAGGGUCAGUUCAGGUCAACACGAAUCGCUUGGUGCCGAAUCCCCUGUUGCCAAAAUAUCCAAGCUAAACUCGGACGUCCAAAGUACACCAGAAGCUCCUGAUCAAAUCAGUAUGUUUGUUCUGAACCCCGCGAGUCUCAUCUCCGCGAUUCCUUCUAACGUAUCAAACUCACCAGAUUCCGACUUAUCAAGGCAACAGACCAACGGCGAUGGCCCAUCCUCUACCCUUCAGUGGAAUGUUCUGCAGCAGAAUACCCAGCAUCUUGGCAGUCAAAACCAAACGAACCAACUUCAAGUCCUCCAGGCUCUGCACCAUCACCACCAGCAGCAGAACGGGACUUCAUCGAGUAACGACAAAUCGGACGAGGAAGGAAGACAACACUACAUCGCCGUGACAGACCUCAGCUUGGAGAAUCCAACACAUCUUCUCGCUGGAGUUGAUCUUAACCAGUCUUCGGAUUCGAGCUCCCACUCUUCACCCCCCAUCCCAUCCCCUCAGCAUCUUUUCUCCGGGAGCCAUCUCCAUUCUUCUGGCAUGACGUCCCCCAGAUCUGAAAACAGUAGCCAGGCUUUGCAAAGAAUCGUCAAGUACUUGAAGACGCACCACGAGACUGCAGGGCUUUCGGCGUCCUCGUUUGACAUCUCACAAGAACCACUCAGCGUUGACGUAAACCUGGGCUCCCUGAUCCAGACGAGCGCCUCCAACAACAAUCUACAGUCUCCAGCUUUGGUUCUGGUCAAUCUAAAUGAUACGCUCGGAACUACCGCCGAACUGAGCCAGGAUAUAUCCUGCCAAGAGAGAAUGGCUAACCACAAUCCGAAAUUAGCAACACUUACCACAAUGUCACCACAGGCCGUCAAUGCAUCUGAAAGUUGCAAGCUUCCUCUUUCUGGCACGACCACCCCACUUCACUCUAUCGUUUCCACCCACGUCCAACAGCAGCACAAAGCCGUUUUCCCCAUCUCCCCUAUUUCACCACUAUCUCCAUCAUCUCCAAACUUAACCCACGCCCCUCUUUCUCCCAGUGUCCUAAGAAACGACGCUCAAUUACUGUCGCUCCAUAACAGCAUCAACAACAGCAACAACAACAGCAAGAAUAGCAACAACAACAACAACAGCAACAAUAACAGCAACAACAGCAGCUACAUAACCACUCACUCUGCGACAACAAACACGACGGCCAUACACUUUGGAAGACUGUGUGAGACCAACAUUCUGAGAAGCAGCACCCCGAAACCGAUGACGUCGAAGCACCCUAUGGUGCGCCGCUCCUCCUCUGCGCAGUCCGUGCCCUCACCUCAUGGUAGUGUGUCUGGUGGCUCCACCACCCUCAGCCCACCACCUAGCGAGCCCUCCACAGGCAACAGCAGCAGCAGCAGCAACAACAACAGCAGCAGCAACAGCAGUAGCACCGCCAUGCCGGAGUCGCCCUCCUUCUCUUCCUUAGGCCACGGCGCCUACCUACCUCAGAUCUCUCCAGUGAGCGCAGCGUCCGAGAACUCGCCCCAGAUGAGAUUCUCUGACCAGCCAGAAGAUGACAUGACCGACUGACGAUAAUCUAAGGUCACCGUUUGCUCAUCGCGUAAUCCUGAUUGCGUGGUCAGAACAGGUUUCAAUCUACGUCGUCUUUAUGACUCACGGUUAUCUCAUUGACAUAUCUCUCAGAAAUGUUCUAGAACGUGGAACCUUUCAAGAAUUCAGGCCGCCUCCUAAAUGAAUUAAAUUGUGUCGAAGGAGGCGUAAAACAUUUAGCAUUGAAAUUAUUUUUUAAAAAGAAUUCUGGAAUAUUUGCCGGCGAGAACGCCCUGAUUUUCCAGACUAAAAUUUGAGGAAAUCUUGUUAUUUCCGAAUGUGAAUUUCUUAUACAAUGGAUUCUAUUCUGCUUUUUUUUACUCCGUGCCAGUAUAUUAUAAUAUGUGUAUUUUUCGGCACAGCCGUAUCUGCUAUGACCUGCCAUGUAGAAUAUAUCCUUGAAAACCGUUACCUUAAUUCUGGGAACAGUUAAAAUCCCCCCCGCCCCCACGCGUCCAGAGAGGCCAACGUAUUGUGACUGGCAACUCUGGGUACAUGUACUUGUGACUUUCCUGCGCUGUGUGCUUGGGGGUGACUUUUCUGCUCUGUUAACUAGGAGUGACUUUUCUGUUCUGUGAACAUAAGGUGACUUUUCUGCUCUGUGUACGUGGGGUGACUUUUCUGCUCUGUGAACAUGAGGUGACCUUUCUGCUCUAUGUACAUGGGAUGAUUUUGCUGCGCUGCGUACUUGGGUUGACUUUUCUGCUCUGUGAACUUGAGGUGACUUUGCUGAUCUGUGUACUUGGGGUGACUUUUCUGAUCUGUGUACUUGGAGUGACUUUUCUGAUCUGUGUACUUGGGGUGACUUUUCUGCUAUGUGAACAUGGGGUGACUUUUCUGCUCUUGUCUCCCAGCAACUUCAUUAAUUAUUCCCAUUACAACAGCGCUUCUAGGGGCUGGCUUAGAUUCUAAACUUUGGUUCCUAGAAGCAGCGUGUUAGUCAACGACCUGAUGAAGUGAGCAUGGGUUUGAGUUUAGGCUAACUUGAAUUUAUGGAUCUGCGUUGCAGAAAUCUAGGCAUAGAUUUUGACUGUCUGGUAUACACAUCUACCCCUUCAAAAUCUGUUUCAGCAGUCAAAAAUGAUGGUUGAAGACAGAUCGCACUAUUAUUGACUUAGAAAUGUAAUUCAGACUACAGUCUAGCAGUACAGAUAGAGAGUUGUUUUUUCUGAAGCAUGUACCAAACAUAUUAUGAUUCUUCAUUAUCACCAUAUUUUCAUCUCUCAGCUCGCUGUUUGUGCUCUUUCAAAUCAUAUUUUUCCCUCCCCUCCCCUCUUCUCCCUCCCCUUCCCACCUCUUUUCCGCUUACCUACCUUCCAACAUCUAUAUAUCUAUCUAUCUAUCCAAUUAUCUGUCCGUCUGUCUGUCUGUCUAUCUGUCUGUCUGUCUGUCUGUCUGUCUGUCUGUCUGUCUGUCUGUCUCUCCUUGAUCUGAGCUGACAUACACUAAAUCAACUUUGCCGAAGAGAAAUUUUUUUAUUAUAAUUUGAAGUACGGUAAUGUUUGCUUUGAUAAUUGAUAUAACCCGUGGCUUAUUCGUGAAAGCUAAAGACAGAAGAACACACACAUACACACACACACACACACACACACACACACACACAAACACACACACACAAACACAC